AUCUCCUGUCAGGUCAAUCCAGAGAAUUCUACUACUCUGCGUAAAUCUGUAAUGUCGGGUUUGCUUGACGCUAUCAGUGCACUUUCCAUUGUAGAAUAGAGAGUGUAUAAUCCUUUCACUCAGAUCUGUCAUUCUCAAACCAACUCUAUUAUCAAAAUGAUUACCAAUGAGGAGAAGAAACAAAAUUCAUAUUUCCUAACAAUAAUAAAAAUGACAACAACAAUAACAGUAAUAAUAAUAAUAAUAAUAACAGUAAUAAUAAUAAUAAUAAUAACAGUAAUAAAAACAGUUAUAAUAAUAGUUAUAGUAAUCAUAAAAAUAAUAGUUGUAAUAACAGUAAUGAUUACAGUUGUAAUAGCAGUAAUAAUUACAGUUGUAAUAACAGUAAUAAUUACAGUUGUAAUAGCAGUAAUAAUUACAGUUGUAAUAGCAGUAAUAAUUACAGUUGUAAUAGCAGUAAUAAUUACAGUUGUAAUAACAGUAAUAAUUACAGUUGUAAUAACAGUAAUAAUUACAGUUGUAAUAGCAGUAAUAAUUACAGUUGUAAUAGCAGUAAUAAUUACAGUUGUAAUAACAGUAAUAAUUACAGUUGUAAUAACAUUAAUAAUUACAGUUGUAAUAACAGUAAUAAUUACAGUUGUAAUAACAGUAAUAAUUACAGUUGUAAUAGCAGUAAUAAUUACAGUUGUAAUAGCAGUAAUAAUUACAGUUGUAAUAACAGUAAUAAUUACAGUUGUAAUAGCAGUAAUAAUUACAGUUGUAAUAACAGUAAUAAUUACAGUUGUAAUAAUAGUAAUAAUUACAGUUGUAAUAAUAGUAAUAUGAGUAAAAGCAAUAACGGUAAUAAUAACAGUAAUAAUAAUAACACUAGUAAUAAUAAGAACAGUAAUGGAGUAAUGUUAAUAACAGUAAUAAUAAUAGUUAUAAUAACACAAAUAAUUACAGUAAUAAUAACGAUAAUAAUAGUAACCCCUAACCCUAACCCUAAUUAAACAGUUAUAAUGAUAGUCAUUUGGUAAUUUCAUUAUGUUGGGCUUCACAGUCAUAACUAACGGAUGUUUUGGUCAUUUCAUUAUGUUGGGCUUCACAGUCAUAACUAACGGAUGUUUUGGUCAUUUCAUUAUGUUGGGCUUCACAAUCAUAACUAACGGAUGUUUUGAAGUCAUUUCUUUAUGUUGGGCUUCACAGUAAUAACUGGAGGAUGUUUUGAAGUCAUUUCAUUAUGUUGGGCUUCACAGUAAUAACUGGAGGAUGUUUUGAAGUCAUUUCAUUAUGUUGGGCUUCACAGUAAUAACUGGAGGAUGUUUUGAAGUCAUUAGUGAAAACUUAUGGCUGUUUUUAUUACUUGUUAUCUUUGCCAAAUUGGAUAUUAACUGUAUAAUGAAAUAUGGCCUAAGGGUGUAGAAAGAGAUCAUUAGAACUCUGAAAUGUUGUUCCUGCUGAUUUCUAUCCACUAGGCUGUUGACACAAUACUUUUCCAUGUGUUUGUGUGGUAAAGUAAAGUAAAUAUAAAUUAAAAAACAAAAAAACAAAAAUUAAGAUAAAAAAAACAUUUUAGCUUGAGCGAAAAAGACAACAAAAAGUGAACUGCUUUCCGAUAUUUUUACCAUAUUACUUUCUGUUGAUGUGAUAGUAUUUUUACCAUAUCACUUUAUGUUGCUGUGAUAGUAUUUUUACCAUAUUACUUUCUGUUGAUGUGAUAGUAUUUUUACCAUAUUACUUUCUGUUGAUGUGAUAGUAUUUUUACCAUAUCACUUUCUGUUGCUGUGAAUGAAGCAAAGAAGGCGUUAUUCUUCCGUUAUUCUCGAGCUAUACACAUGUGUAAUUUUCGAGCUAGCAGCCUGUGUCUAGUAGUUCAUAUUUCAUAAACUGCCUAGGUGUGUAUAUGUGUGUAUGUAUGUGUGUGUGUAUAUGUGUUUGUGUGUGUGUGUGUGUAUGUGUGUGUAUGUGUGUAUAUGUGUUUGUGUGUGUGUGUAUGUGUGUGUGUGUGUGUGUGUGUGUGUGUGUGUGUGUGUGUGUCUGCUACUCUGUCUAGGUGUUGUUUUUUUUGGUUUUCUGGAGGUUUGAUGCGGGAAUCUCUCCGCUAUCACUUUCGGUUAAUGGUGUGUAGGAUUUAGCCGUGAGCUCCUCUGCUCCAACCAUCACAACCAAUAAUCUUUGCUUUACCUCGCGCUCCCGUAUCGAUAGCUUCUCUCGCCUCGGGCGGCAGCUUUGAUAUGCUAAUGCCGCGCGGCCCGAAUUCAGCUGAGAUCAUAUUAAUGUUGUUCUUUCUGACGGCGGCUUUGGCGCCAUGAAUAUUCACACAACCUUUUUCAAAAGAAAUCUCUCCAGAAACGCGGCUCCUACUUAGAGCACUGUCUGUGUUUUAAUCACCAGUAUCCCGCGAAGCCUUCAGCAUCUGAUCAAGCCUAUCACCUUCUACGUGCACGCGCCCUCUCUGAGACUGCUGCUGGGUUUGUGUGGGCUGUGCUGUCUUGUGACAGGUGCUAUAAACAUUGUGGUUAAAAUAGGAGGAUAAUGACAUUUGGCCCAUGUCUCUUUUUCUUUAAUUUUCGUGGCAAACUUGUAAAAGGCGCUUGAUUCCGAGUGUGAUCCCGCCACUGCUCCGCCGCUGCCUGAGGCUACUCUCCGCUGCUUAAAUAGAGCUAUCGCCUCUGGGCCCACGCGCUCCACCGCACUAUCGGCAAUAGCUCUUUUUCCAUUGCCCGUGGCAACAUAAAAUACAAACUACUUUGAUUCAAAACAUUUUUGGAGGAAUUACUGUGAUGUGAACUUACAGCUUUCAGAGAUGUGAGCCUGACUGACAGGCCAGGCCGGAAACUGUCACACAGCCGGACUUCACACACAAACACACACACGCACACACACACGCACACAUUAGCCUGUGACCAUAUUUAAUCCUGUAUCAAAUAGUGAAAGCCUAUAGCUGGAUUUGCAAGGUUUAUUCAAAUUAGAGUUAAUCAAUGUCUGUGUUCUCAUUGAUAAAGUGUUGUCAGUCCAACCUCCCUCUUACCCUGAUACUAUGCCCCCCAGUCUGUUAGCAGCUGCUAGGGUUGUUUUGUAUUUGUAUUUAUUAGGGAACUUCAAUCUUUAAAAAUUGUCUAAUAAAACUAAUACUUUUUUUAUGGUGAGCGAGCCUUUUGCCUUUUCCUGUCCAAUGAUAUUUAUUAUGGAUCCCCAUUAGUUCCUGUCAAGGCAGCAGCUACUCUUCCUGGUGUCCAAACAAAUUAAGGCACAUUACAUUACACAUAAAACAAAAGAUAAAACAGUACAUCAUAUAACAUUAUUACACCACUACAUAUCUACAAUACAACAUGUAUAAUACCACCAUACAACAAUAUUACAAUGUACAUGUGCGUAGAGUGUGUGUGCGUAUGCGUGUAUCUGUACCUGUGUGUCUCUUCACAGUCCCCCGCUGUUCCAUAAGGUGGAUUUUUAUCGGUUUUUGAAAAUCUGAUUCUACUUCUUACAUCAGUUACCUGAUGUGGAAUAGAGUUCAAUGUAGUCAUGGCUCUAUAUAGUACUGUGCACCUCCCAUAGUCUGUUCUGGACUUGGGGAUUGUGAAGAGACCUCUGGUGGCAUGUCUUGUGGGGUAUGCAUGGGUGUCCGAGCUGUGUGCUAGUAGUUUAAACAGACAGCUCGGUGCAUUCAGCUUGUCAACACUUCUUACAAAAACAAGUAGUGCUGAAGUCAAUCUUUCCUCCGCUUUGAGCCAUGAGAGAUUGACAUGCAUAUUAUUAAUGUUAGCUCCCCGUGUACAUUUAAGGGCCAGCCGUGCUGCCCUGUUCUGAGCCAAUUGUAAUUUUCCUAAGUCCCUCUUUGUGGCACCUGACCACACUACUGAACAGUAGUCUAGGUGUGACAAAACUAGGGCCUGUAGGACCUGCCUUGUUGAUAUUGUUGUUAAGAAGGCAGAGCAGCGCUUUAUCAUGGACAGACUUCUCCCCAUCUUAGCUACUGUUGUAUCAACAUGUUUUCACCAUGACAGUUUACAAUCCAGGGUUACUCCAAGCAGUUUAGUCUCCUCAACUUGCUAAAUUUCCACAUUAUUCAUUACAAUAUUUAGUUGAGGUUUAGGGUUUAGUGAAUGAUUUGUCCCAAAUACAAAGCUUUUAGUUUUUGAAAUAUUUAGGACUAACUUAUUCCUUGCCACCCAUUCAAAAACUAACUGCAGCUCUUUGUUAAGUGUUGCAGUUAUUUCAGUUGCUGUAGUAGCUGAUGUGUAUAGUGUUGAGUCAUCCGCAUACAUAGACACACUGGCUUUACUCAAAGCAAGUGGCAUGUCAUUAGUAAAAAUUGAAAAAACUAAGGAGCCUAGACAGCUGCCCUGGGGAAUUCCUGAUUCUACCUGGAUUAUGUGGGAGAAGCUUCCAUUAAAGAACACUCUCUGUGUUCUGUUAAACAGGAAACUCUUUAUCCACAUUAUAGCAGGGGGUGUAAAGCCAUAACACAUAUGUAUUUCCAUCAGCAGACUAUGAUCGAUAAUGUCAAAAACCGCACUGAAGUCUAACAAAACAACUCCCACAAUCUUUUUAUCAUCAAUUUCUCUCAGCCAAACAGUCAUUUGUGUAAGUGCUGUGCUUGUUGAAUGUCCUUCCCUAUAAGCAUGCUGAAAGUCUGCUGUCAAUUUGUUUACUGUAAAAUUGCAUUGUAUCUGGACAAACACAAUUUUUUCAAAAAUGAUUACUAAGGGUUGGUAACAGGCUGAUUGGUCGGUUAUUUGAGCCAGUAAAGGGGGCUUUACUAUUCUUGGGUAGCGGAAUGACUUUUGCUUCCCUCCAGGCCUGGGGGCACACACUUUCUAGUAGACUUAGAUUGAAGUUAUGGCAAAUAGGAGUGGCAAUAUCGUCCGCUAUUAUCCUCAGUAAUUCUCCAUCCAAGUUGUCAGACCCUUGUGGCUUGUCAUUGUUGAUAAACAACAAUAUUUAUUAUCAUCUCUUCCACCCUCACUUUACGGAAUUCAAAAUUACAACCCUUGUCUUUCAUAAUUUGGUCAGAU